AUGAGCGGCGUUGACGCUGCAGACCCAUCUUUUUCUGCUACUUCUCCCGACCCCACCAACAUCAACAAACCCGAGUCGCCAAAUUCAUUAUCAGCCACGCCUCCGUCCUCCUUGCUUCCCCCAGAUUCACAUACACCAACUUUCUCUUUGGAUCCUGCGUCCCUGGUUAGCUCAGAGAAUUCAGCAAGCAAUCCUGUAGUCAGCCAUAUCGACCCUCGUGAGACAGGCGGCACCGUGAAUGCAGAUAUCAAGCAUGAUGGCGUAGAGGUUAGGGAAGAGCAACUGUCAAUGUUGGAGACAGUGGAUCCAGCAGCAACGCAUGAGGAGACCCAUGAGUACCUGCCUGAAGCGGAUCACGAGUUGAAACGUGUUAAAGUCUACGAACUGAUAGGCUCACGAUGGGUUGAUCAAGGCACUGCAUUCUGCUUCGGCCAAUUUCAAGACGAGACAAAUGAAGCAUUCCUCAUAGCUCGCGCGGAGUCGAACUACAAUGAUAUCAUCCUUUCUACUGCCAUUAGGUCAAAUGAUGUCUACCAACGGCAGCAAGACACCCUUAUUGUAUGGACUGAACCAGACGGCGUUGACUAUGCAUUAAGCUUUCAAGAUCCGGAAGGCUGCGCCGAGGUUUGGAAUUUUAUACUCGAGGUUCAACGACACCUGAACGCAGGAGAUGACCAUAUAGGCAUAGGACUCUCCUCACCAUCUGCUGGUUCCGAACACUCUGUUACCACCGCGAGCAUCAUACGAUCCGGCCACUUACCCACUCCACAACUUGGUAUAAUCGCCGAAGUGGAGCGUGCUAUAAAGGCUCUAGCGCGUACCCAGACAGUGAGGGACAAAAUAUGCGAAUAUAUCCAGCGUGAAGAAUACGUGAAGGCUUUGAUUGACGUCAUGAACCAAGCGGAGGAUCUCGAGAGCAUCGAGAAUCUGCACGCGCUAUGCAGUCUCAUGCAGACUAUAUUAUUGCUAAAUGACCAUGGCAUAUAUGAACACAUUCUCGAAGAUGAUAUGUUCUUUGGAGUCGUGGGAAUGCUCGAGUACGAUCCCGAGUUCCCCGCGCAUAAAGCUAACUAUCGGGAAUUUCUUCACCUAACAUCACGAUUUCACCAACCUGUUCCCAUUCACGACGAAGCUAUUCAAAAGAAAGUACACCACACCUAUCGCUUACAAUUCCUCAAAGACGUUGUCCUAGCUCGGGCUUUAGACGACUCGACUUUUAACGUCCUCAACUCAUGCAUUAUCUUUAACCAAAUUGACAUCAUCAACCACGUGCAGCAGGACCCAAUGUUUCUGCGAGAAAUAAUAGGUCUGUAUGUUAGCGAAGAAGUUCUGGGAGGGAAUGCGAAAAAGGAGGAGGAUAAGCAGAAAACUGAAGAGGAGAAGAUGGAUGUGGACCCCAAAUCAGCCACAGAGCCGAAAGCUAAUGGCGUCAACGGCCAAUCUUCUCGCUCAAAUACGUUCUCCUUUGCUCCCCCUGACGAUCUCUCUGACAGAGAGAUAGCUCUCCGGCGAGAGGUCAUCAUUUUAAUCCAGCAGCUGUGUGUCAUGGGUAAGAAUGUACAGCUGCCCGCUCGAAUGGCGUUGUUCCGUACCCUGGUCGAUAGAGGUAUCCUUUUCGCGGCGCAGUGGGCCUUGGCUCUUCCAGAGAAAGAUGAAUCUUCCAGAGCAAUGAUCAGCGCUGCCGGUGAAAUAAUGGCGGCAUUACUAGACCACGACCUAAACGGCGUGCGGGGGCACGUCUUGAAGCAAACAGCGGCCAUACAGAGAGAGCAAGAGGCGGGGAAGAAAGGUGCGGAUAAGGCAGAAACUAUCCUGAUGCUUUUAUGUCGCAUGCUGGCGCGGAGUCGGGAUUUGGCUAUUCAGAGCCAAGUCGGAGAUGCGUUGAAGGCCUUGUUGGAGAUAUCACUAAGUGACGGGCCUGAACCACCUGCUGGAGCUGGCGUGAAACUGCUUGCACGUGGGAAGGACGACCCAGGCACUGAGAAAUUCCUGGACUACUUCUACAAGAACUGCAUUGACAUUUUGUUCAAGCCUUUCAGUGAUAUCCCAGAGUUCAAAAAUCAAUCUGAAUCAGUGCUAAAGCUUUCGAGGGAGAAAACUAAUCUUUACCUAUACUUAUGCGACCUUCUAUGCAACUUUGCCCAGCAGCACGCCUUCCGCAGUCAUUUUCACAUGCUUUCCUCCAAUAUCUCUGUCCGUGUGGCUUCUUUGCUGAAUGCCCGUGAUAAACACUUGCGUCUUGCUGCCUUCCGGUUCUUCCGGGUGUGUCUGAAAAUGAACAACCGGAAUUUCCUGAACCAUCUCAUGAAGCUCGAUGUCUUCAAACCAAUACUGGAGCUUACUAUUCACGAAUCAAGACGAGAUAGUCUGUUAAGUGCCUCAUGUCAAGAGUUCUUUGAGCAUAUCCGCAGGGAAAACAUCAAAGACAUAAUCCAUCAUUGUAUGACAAAGCAUGAAGCACUGGUUCGCAAGCUGGCCGAGAGUCAGCUGGGAGGUCCUCGGUUCUCGUCCUUUAUACGCCGCUGGGAGAUGAACAUGGAACCACCACCCAAGGAAGAAGAGCGGGCCGAUAAAAAUAUUAAGGAUCCGCGCCUCAUUGGUAGAACAAUAGAGACUGAAGAGGAGGAUUACUUCAACGCUGAUGACGACGAAGACGAUGUAGCACCGCCAUUUAUCAGCUCUCCUCGGAUACGUGGACAGUUAUCACCAUCAUUUGGUAGCUUGAAACGGAAACGGCGUGGUGCGAUGGCCGCAUCGAAGGUCUUUCGACCACAAAGUCUCACGCUCCCUCGUGCUCCCCCACUUGGAUCUUUGCUCGACUAUGGCGAAGAUGAUGAGGACUCUGGUGCUGCAGAUGAAAGCGGUGCUGCAGCAUCUAAUUCCACGUCACCGAACGAUCCGAUCGCUCCUAAUAACAUCCCUGUGUCUCCCUCCGUGGAGAUACCGCCCAGCCCCCGAUUAUCACAUCGUACCAUUCCACCCCCUCGGCCAUCCCUGAGACGUUCCUCGUCAGAUGAAGAUGAAAAUCAUCCACUGGAAUCACUCGUGCGCCCGCUAAAACCAGGCCCACCUUCACCAUCACUGGGGUCACCCAAGCUUCCGUCAAAGCUCUCGAUGCCUAGACUAGAGAAACGACGGAGAGACGAUGAUGAAGACGAGAUGCUGGAGCGGCUCGCGAGCAAGGCAAAGCGACCUGAUUUGGGUGGGCAGAAAGAUGACAGUAAUGGGGGGCGUGCUGGGUCAGCAAAAUCUGGGGACGACCCACCGAAAAAAAUCAAGGUCAAGUUCCGGCCAACGAGUCUGGGAAUAGCCUCGCCAUCACCUUGUACGCCUGCACCAUCAGAAACUGGUGCGAAGGAUGGUGAUACGGGCUAG